UUCAGACUAGGUAGCCAUGUCAGCCAAAGCCAUCUCUGAGCAGACGGGGAAGGAGUUCUUGUAUAAGUAUAUCUGCACAUCCUCUGCCAUCCAGAACCGUUUCAAGUAUGCCCGAGUCACUCCAGUCACUGACUGGGCACGACUCACCCAGGACCACCCUUGGCUUCUGAGCGAGCGUUUAGUGGUGAAGCCAGAUCAGCUAAUAAAGAGACGUGGGAAGCUUGGACUGGUUGGAAUUAACCUCACUCUGGAUCAGGUGAAGGUUUGGCUCAAACAACAUCUGGGCCAAGAAACCACGAUUGCUAAUGCUAAGGGAAUCCUAAAGAAUUUUCUGAUUGAACCCUUCGUCCCUCACAAACAGGAGGAAGAGUUCUACGUGUGCAUAUAUGCUGCCCGUGAGGGAGACUACGUACUCUUCCACCACGAAGGGGGUGUGGAUGUGGGAGAUGUUGAUGCCAAAGCUCAGAAGUUGCUUGUGGCAGUGGAUGAAAAGCUCAAUGAAUCGGAUGUAAAGAAAUACCUCCUGCAGUAUGCACCAGCAAAUAAAAAGGACAUCUUGGCUAGCUUCAUCUGUGGCCUGUUCAACCUUUAUGAAGAUCUAUAUUUCACGUACCUUGAGAUCAAUCCAUUAGUGGUGACUAAUGAUGGUGUCUACAUCCUUGAUUUGGCUGCGAAGAUUGAUGCAACUGCUGACUACAUCUGCAAAGUGAAAUGGGGGGAUGUGGAGUUCCCCCCUCCCUUUGGGAGGGAAGCUUACCCAGAGGAAGCCUACAUUGCUGACCUGGAUGCAAAGAGUGGAGCCAGCUUGAAACUUACUAUUCUCAACCCCAAAGGCAGGAUCUGGACCAUGGUGGCUGGUGGUGGUGCCUCUGUGGUUUACAGUGACACCAUUUGUGACCUGGGGGGUGUGAAUGAACUGGCUAAUUAUGGGGAAUACUCAGGAGCCCCAAGUGAGCAACAGACCUAUGACUAUGCUAAGACUAUUCUCUCUCUCAUGACACGAGAGAAGCACCCUGAAGGUAAAAUCCUGAUCAUUGGAGGCAGCAUUGCUAACUUCACCAAUGUAGCAGCCACUUUUAAAGGCAUUGUGAGGGCAAUUAAGGAUUACCAAGGCCCUCUGAAGGAGCAUGAAGUGAGGAUCUUUGUGCGAAGAGGAGGCCCGAACUACCAGGAAGGAUUACGUGUCAUGGGAGAAGUUGGGAAGACGACUGGGAUCCCCAUCCAUGUCUUUGGCACGGAGACUCACAUGACUGCGAUUGUGGGCAUGGCGCUCGGCCAUCGGCCUAUCCCCAACCAACCACCUGCUGCAGCCCACACCGCCAACUUCCUCCUCAAUGCCAGCGGCAGCCCUUCGACUCCAGCACCAAGCAGAACAGCUUCCUUCUCAGAGUCCAAACCAGAUGAUAUUGCUCCAGCCAAGAAGGCAAAACCAACAGCACCUCUUGAUUCAAUCCCAGCUUCAAGACCUGGUUCAGGUAAAGCUACAACCCUGUUCAGCCGUCACACCAAAGCUAUCAUCUGGGGGAUGCAGACACGGGCUGUGCAAGGAAUGCUGGACUUUGAUUAUAUUUGCUCCCGGGAUGAACCUUCAGUAGCUGCCAUGGUUUAUCCAUUCACUGGUGACCACAGGCAGAAGUUCUAUUGGGGCCACAAAGAAAUCCUGAUCCCAGUCUACAAGAACAUGUCAGAUGCCAUGAGGAAGCACCCAGAGGUGGAUGUUCUCAUCAACUUUGCAUCUCUGCGCUCUGCUUAUGACAGCACCGUUGAAACCAUGAAUUACCCACAGAUUCGCACCAUUGCCAUUAUUGCCGAGGGCAUUCCAGAGGCCCUGACCCGCAAACUGAUCAAGACAGCUGAUAAAAAAGGAGUCACUAUCAUUGGGCCUGCAACUGUUGGUGGGAUCAAACCAGGUUGCUUUAAAAUAGGCAACACAGGAGGCAUGCUGGAUAAUAUUUUAGCAUCAAAACUGUACCGUCCUGGCAGUGUGGCUUAUGUUUCACGGUCUGGAGGAAUGUCCAAUGAGCUCAACAACAUCAUUUCCCGAACCACUGAUGGGGUCUAUGAAGGGGUGGCCAUUGGAGGAGACAGAUAUCCUGGUUCAACUUUUAUGGAUCAUGUCUUGCGUUAUGAGGAUACUCCAGGAGUGAAAAUGAUUGUAGUACUUGGAGAGAUUGGAGGUACAGAAGAGUAUAAGAUCUGCAGGGGGAUUAAAGAAGGUCGUAUCACCAAGCCAGUGGUGUGCUGGUGUAUUGGUACUUGUGCCACCAUGUUCUCUUCAGAGGUGCAGUUUGGCCAUGCAGGAGCUUGUGCCAACCAGGCUUCUGAAACUGCUGUUGCAAAGAACCAAGCCUUGAAGGAAGCUGGUGUGUUUGUUCCCCGGAGUUUUGAUGAGCUGGGAGAGGUCAUUCAGUCUGUCUACCAGGAUCUUGUGGCCAAAAGAGUGAUUGAACCAGCUGAGGAAGUGCCUCCUCCAACUGUGCCAAUGGAUUACUCCUGGGCAAGGGAGCUGGGUCUGAUCCGCAAACCGGCUUCCUUUAUGACAAGUAUCUGUGAUGAGAGAGGUCAGGAACUGAUAUAUGCUGGGAUGCCAAUCACUGAGGUCUUCAAAGAAGAGAUGGGAAUUGGAGGAGUCCUGGGCCUGCUCUGGUUUCAAAGGAGGUUACCAAAGUAUGCCUGCCAGUUCAUUGAGAUGUGUUUGAUGGUAACAGCAGAUCACGGGCCUGCUGUAUCUGGAGCCCACAACACCAUUGUCUGUGCAAGAGCUGGAAAAGAUCUUGUCUCAAGUCUCACUUCAGGCCUUCUUACUAUUGGUGACCGGUUUGGUGGAGCGCUGGAUGCUGCAGCUAAAAUGUUCAGCAAAGCCUUUGACAGUGGGAUUAUCCCUAUGGAGUUUGUGAAUAAGAUGAAGAAAGAAGGGAAACUGAUCAUGGGCAUUGGACACAGAGUCAAAUCAAUAAAUAACCCAGACAUGAGAGUUCAGAUUCUCAAAGACUACGUGAAGCAGCAUUUCCCUGCCACCCCACUGUUGGACUAUGCCCUUGAAGUAGAAAAAAUUACAACUUCUAAGAAACCAAAUCUUAUCCUGAAUGUAGAUGGCUUUAUUGGAGUUGCCUUUGUUGAUGUACUCAGGAAUUGUGGCUCUUUCACACGGGAAGAAGCAGAUGAAUAUAUUGAUAUAGGAGCUCUUAAUGGUAUCUUUGUACUAGGCAGGAGUAUGGGAUUCAUUGGACACUACCUGGAUCAGAAGAGAUUGAAACAAGGUCUGUACCGCCACCCAUGGGAUGACAUAUCCUAUGUUUUACCAGAGCACAUGACCAUGUGAGAACCUGUAGUAUUGCCUCAGAAUGUCACUUCAAGAAGACAGAAGCCUGCACAGAGGACAGCCACGAAUGGGACUUUGAUGUAUAAAGGCCAUUGGUAUAUAGACAUUGGGCUGCCUGGUCAAACUGUGCAAAGCAACUGUUUUAUAAGAAUAGAAACUUACUCUAAUAAAAACCAAAACUUGUGAUAUUCUGUGUGUUACCUGCUGUAUUUAAUACUGUGUCUCACCCUUUUAUUUUUUUCUACUCAUUUCAUUUUGUUUCCAGAAAAAAGAUUUUAAGGGUUUGGGGGGGGCUAGUUUUGCUCAUAGGCGCUGUCUUACUGAACUUGUGGAAGAUCCCUUAGUCUAACAAGCUGUAACUUUUCCCCAUAGAGGGGAAGUACCCAUCAUUCCUAUAAGCCAUGCUUUGGGAUUUUUUUGUUGUUGUUGGUUGUUUUUCAAUUUGUUUAGUGUGUUCUUAUCUCCAGUCUGAUUGUACCCUGAAUAGUGGGACCACUGCUGAUAUAUAACCAAUGUUACUCAAACUCUGGUGUAGUAAUUUAAAGUGUAAAGUUGUAACAUACUGCUGUUAAAACUGUGAAACUACAUGUAUUCUGGUAUCUGUAUUUAUGCAAACAAAUUCUCAUUUGCUAUUAGAUUGCUGGUAUAUGGAAUGUCACUCAUGUUAUCUGCAGAUGCAAAAA